CCGGUGUCCUUUUUCUCUGCACGCUGCUUGCUCGUAUAGCCAAAGCACGCAGCAGCUGCCCUUCAUCUCAAUCAUCAUAAAUCAUCACUCACUCCUCAGUGCCCAGCCGCACAUUAAAGCUCACACCACCAACCUCCGCAGAGCCCAGAGAGCAGAGCAACAGCUGCUAGCUAGCUCCCGUUUGAGCCUCUCUAUCAGGCCGGUUGAAGAGCGGCCGGCAUCUAGAGCUACCGGUUGCUGUCCAUUGGGGACUUGAAUUGCAGCUGCUACUGAAGAUGGAGCGGCGCAAUGGCGGCGCACGCGCCCUCGCCGCCGCCGCCGUGUGGCUUCUCUGCUCUGUCGUCGUCGUCGCCGGCGUCUCGGCCGAGCAUUCCACGCAGCAGUGGCGGUCGGAGCCUGCGGAUCCCGGGCGCCGAGGUUCGUCUCCGGCUCCGGCGCCGUCGUCGUCGUCGCCGGCGCCCGCUCCUGCGCCGACCGCCGGGGCCGACGAUCUGCCGGCGCCGGUGUAUUCUCCUGCUCCGGUAACCACGACGCCGCACUUCGGGUUCCCCUUGCAGCCGACGGUGGGAGUCACCGCGGCGCCUCCGGUCGCGGGAGCCCCGGGCGGCGGCGGCGAGGGUUACCCGUUCAUCGGGAGCAACCCGACGGUGCCUCUGCCGACGGGAGUCACCGACACCGCCUCCGUGCUGCCGCUCCCCGACACCACACAAACCCACGACAAGGUGGUGGGCCGUGCUUCACUCCUCCGAGCUGCUCCGGCCGCCAUGAUUGGGCUCCUGCUCGCCUUCUCCGUGCUGCUCUUCAACUAAUUGUCCUUUUAUCUUUAUCCUCUUUAGACUUUUUCUUUUGCGUAUAUUAUCCUCUUUAGACUGAUGUAGUGAUGUGAGCUAGUAAUUGUCAUUUUGGUCUUUCUUUCUGUCAUUUUGAUCUUGUGUUUACAUGGACGAGCAGAUUUUGCACGCCUGUAAAAUAUUCUGUGGAUCAUGUCUCGUUCUCGCAUUCUCCACCAGCUGCGUGCUGAAAGAUUUUGUGAUUAUUCAGUCCGA